AUGGACAUCAAUCAACCGUCUGAGUGGGGCGUGCAGAGCCGCUUACUGGAAGAGAACAAGGCGCUUGCGAUUGAGUGGUCGCAUCUGUCGGAUCGGAUGGGUAACGUGCAGAGGAUGCAUACGGAUCUCGAGUGCUCGGUUCGACCUGCCCCGCGCCACCCUGCCACCCAGCACCCUCGCACGCUUGCGCCCAGAACCCUCGUGCUCAUCUCCUCUGCUGUCGACGUCCCCACUCUCGACGUCGUAAACGCUCGCCACCCAGAGCCCCCGGUGGCCCCGAUCCCAUCAAAUGUCGCCCAUCUCCUCGAUCCCAUGUAUACUCACGCAGCCUCCACCCGGCGCCCUCCUGCUCGUCUCAUCGAUCCUGUACGCAUUCAUCCCCACACCCCCGACACCCCCGCGAUACACCGCCCUCAACAUCUUCAAUCACUGAGGGCUGAAUUGCGAAGCUGCUCCGUCGACACCUCCGCGCGCGUGCUACACGCAAAGCAUCGCGACCAUUCUAGUGUCGACGAGGAGGAUGAGACCCAGCUGGCAACGGAGGACGAGGAACGAGUGCGUCGGAGAGACGAGCUGAGAACAGUGGGCACGGAUGGCGAGGCUAUCCACAAGGGAUGUAGGUAUGUCGUCGUCUCUUACUUACGUUCUUCUCCCGCACACGUACCUCUUGUAUUCGACUUAUCUACCCGCCCCCGCACGGCAUCACGCCCACUCUUCCUCUCAUUCAGUCCUGCUCUCGACCUGCUCGCCCAACCCUCUCGACCUGCUCGCCCAACCCUCUCGACCUGCUUGCCUGACCCUCUCAGCCUGCUUGCUUGCUCGCUCGCUCUCGUGCUCGACCCGCUCGACAUCAUGCCCACUUGCUUGUGUCGUCCAUGUCCCCUCCGCACAUCGUCUGCAUUGUCCAGACUCCUACUCGACACACCCGGACUUCCUGCUUGA